AUGGCCGGUCAUGCCGUUCAAGCGGUGGACGAGUUCCUGGCCCUCUUGGUAGAGAUGCUCCAAAGGGCUGAGCAGCAAAAGCAAACGGAUACCGUCGAGCCACCUUUGAACAAGUCAGAUUUCACUGGUCUAUUCGAACGAGUCGAGCCGAUAUUCGCCACUACCGCGACCCCAGGAGUUAAGCCAGAAGUGAAGAAGCGAAGCCAAUGUGCUAUUAUUGAGACCGCUGUGCGAGAUACCUUCAACGGCCUGCUGGCCUAUACAUCCGUCAACGCACCUUCUUCUAUUAAAUUAUGGAAUCUACUGGAUAUCAUAUCUAUUCUCUCCGAUGAUGAGCAAUGCGAUCCCGCACUACUAUUCUGGUUGGUGGAAGAGCUUUUGGACAGUCAAACAAUUGCUGGAUGCCGAAAGAUAUUCGACUAUUUAGACACACGGCGCGAACGGAUUACGUCUAAGCAUUUCCCCCAAAAGCAAUUGGUUAUUCUCAGAAGUUGCAAUGAACUGUUACGACGGCUCUCCAGGGCGGAAGAUACAGCAUUCUGUGGGCGCGUAUUCAUAUUUCUAUUCCAGAGCUUUCCUUUGGGAGACAAAAGUUCAGUCAACCUUCGGGGCGAAUAUCAUACGGAGAAUGUCACCGCGUUUGACGAGUUACCAGCCAAGGAGCAGGAACCAGAGGGUAUGGAUGUCGAUUUAGAUACCGACAAGCCAACCGUACCGUCUCUGAAAGUACCUACGAAUGGUGUCUCGCGCAUGUCGAAAACGGCGGAAGAAGGAAAAGGAGUGGCAUCUCCCAAGCCAGAGAAGCCUAUGAGUAUUGAUGAGCUAUAUCCGAUAUUCUGGUCAUUACAACAAAGCUUUAGUCAACCCAAAAAACUUUUUGACCAAGCCCACUUCACAAAUUUCAAAAGGGGUCUUCAAGCUACCAUGGUCAUGUUCAAAUCGGUCCAGAGUGAGAGCAACGGCCGUUCGACGAAGGCCACGGACGAUAGCAAAAAGGGAACGAAACGAAAACGAGGUGAGGGGGAUGAGGAUCUCGCCAAUACUUUCAACCCCAAGUAUUUGACCAGCAGAGACUUAUUCGAGCUCGAGAUCAGCGAUCUCUCAUUUCGUAGGCACAUCUUGGUACAAGUGCUUAUUGUCAUGGACUUUCUGCUCUCGCUGAGUGCCAAAGCGAAAGAAAAGCUUUCAAAAUCAACUCUGCCUGAAAAUCCGAACAAAUCUGUCAUGUAUGCAGACCAAACCCUGAACGAAGAAGAUACAAUCUGGGCCUCUGAUAUGAAGAAGGAAAUCGCAGAAUAUCUGAAGAAAGGGGUCGAGGGCCCUUUCUUCUACCGUGUGGUGGAUACGGUGCUUUCAAGAGAUAAGAAUUGGGUUCGAUGGAAGAUUGAGAAUUGUCCAACGAUUGCUAGACCUGCUGUGUCUCCCGAGGAAUAUGUCGAAGCAAAGGCCGCCGCCCGGAAAGCUACGACCAACAAACGACUUCGCCCAAGUCCUAUGGGAUCACUUCGUCUUGACUUCCUUUCAGAAAAGGACGGACAGCUUGCGCUAGACCGAUUAAAGGAUCCGUCAAGAUUUAAACUUCCGCCUCUAAAAGACUUCAAGAGCAAGAUUGAGUUAGACGAUAUGGAUAUCGAUAUGGCAAGGGAUGAUGAAGCUAAAGUUUUGGCAAUUGAACAAAAGGCGAGUAAAAGCUGGAGAGCUUUACGAAUUGCCAGCACUUCCAAGCUUGUAGCGUUUGAUAAGAUCGAGCGCUCGGAUAAGAUUGAUGAGAUCUUUUUGGAUGACGUUAUGGUGGAGGAACCAAUCAACGGCGAAGAGGAGAGAGAUACCCCAACGGUGGACAAUGAAGUGAAGAUGCUAGACGAAAAUGUCUCAGCAUUGGAGGAAUCAAAAGAAGACACGUUAGCAGUCACGGACGGGGCAGCGCCGACUGAAGCCGAGACAGUUCCUACCGAACAACCUGUAACAUAA